AUGGGAGGGUGUUUUUCAGAUUUGAAAGGAGGGAAACAAGCAGUGGGAGGGUUACAUAAAUCGUCCAACAAUGGAGCCCACAACGACGCCGUCGAUUUCUUCUACAAGGCACAUGGUUUCAACCCAAUCUUCACCCAAGUUGAGUUAUCUCUAUCAGCAUCUAACUUACUUGACCGGGACAUUGCAUCAAAGAGUGAUCCUAUGGUGGUUGUAUUUUCAAAGAAAAGAGAUGGUAAAUUGCAAGAAUUAGGUCGCACUGAAGUCAUAAUGAAUUCUUUGAAUCCAGAGUGGAUAGAGAAAAUUAGUGUUGCGUUUCAGUUCGAGGUUGUGCAACCACUUGAAUUUCAUGUGUAUGACAUUGAUACAAACUAUCAUAGCGUUCCCACCAAGAUACUAAAACUUGAGGAUCAAGAAUUCCUUGGAAUGGCCUCUUGCACUUUAUCAGAGAUAGUAACUAAACAAAGUAGAAGCUUAACAUUAAGGCUACAAAACAAAAGCGGGCGUGGUGGUUUAAGAAACCUAGGGGCAAUUACUGUUCAUGCUGAGGAGACUGUUGCUGCAAGAAGUGCAGUGGAGAUGAUCUUACGUUGUUCUGACUUGGAUAACAAGGAUGUUUUCUCAAAAAGUGAUCCUUUUCUAAGAAUAUCAAGAAUUGUUGAGAGUGGAGGUUCUGUUCCUAUAUGCAAGACCGAAGUUAUAGACAACAAUUUAAAUCCAAAAUGGAAACCAAUUUGUCUUAGUUUCCGGCAGUUUGGAAGCACAGAUAAUCCAUUAGUUAUCGAGUGUUUUGAUUUCAAUAGCAAUGGCGAUCAUGUACUUAUUGGUAAACUGCAGAAGUCAGUAGCAGACCUUGAAAGGCUAUAUAAAGAGAGAACAGGCGCAAACUUUUUCUUACCAUCCACAUCCCACAGACAAGAGAAGGUUCUGAAGGGUCAACUGUUUGUGGAUCAAUUUUGUGAAAAGGAACAGUUCAGUUUUAUUGACUACAUAUCUAGUGGAUUUGAACUGAACUUCAUGGUCGCUGUAGAUUUCACUGCUUCAAAUGGAAAUCCUCAACAUUCAGAUUCUUUGCAUUACAUCGAUGCAUAUGGUCGGUUGAAUUCAUACCAAAAGGCUAUAAUGGAGGUUGGAGAAGUUAUUCAGUUUUAUGACUCUGAUAGGCGGUUUCCUGCCUGGGGCUUUGGAGGAAAGAUACCUGAUGGUACCGUAUCCCACUGUUUUAAUCUGAAUGGGAGUCCAGGUGGUUCUGAGGUUGUAGGAGUUGAAGGCAUAAUGGAUGCUUAUGCUAGUGCUUUACGCAAUGUCUCUUUGUCAGGACCCACUUUAUUUGGCCCAGUUAUAAACAUGGCUGCGGAAAUGGCUGCCCAGUCCCUCUCAUCAGCCAACAGCAAUAAGUACCAUGUAUUGCUUAUCAUAACGGAUGGAGUUGUUACGGAUCUCCAAGAAACAAUAAAUGCUCUGGUUAAAGCAUCUGACCUUCCCCUAUCGAUUCUUAUAGUAGGAGUUGGACGUGCUGAUUUCACGAGCAUGGAGGUGCUGGAUGCUGAUAAUGGGCGUCGGUUAGAAAGUUCUACUGGUCGUAUAGCUACACGAGAUAUAGUGCAGUUUGUCCCUAUGAGAGAAGUACAGAGUGGCCAGAUUUCUGUUGUGCAAGCUCUUUUGGAAGAAUUACCUGACCAAUUUUUGAUUUUUAUGCGAAGCAGGGACAUCAAGCCACUUCCUUUCCGUUCCCCUCAAGCACCCACUGUUCAGUAA